AGACAUGCAUCUGCCAGCGUUGGCGGUUCAGAAGCCUGUAAACACAUGAAAUUUGAAGGGGGAGUGCAUAGAGUACAGCGAGUACCAAAGUCAGAGAAGCAAGGCCGCAUCCAUACUAGCACCAUGACAGUGGCAAUAUUACCCCAGCCCAUUGAGAUUAAUCUGGUGAUUAAUCCUAAAGAUUUGAGAAUCGAUACUAAGCGAGCUAGUGGAGCUGGGGGUCAGCAUGUAAAUACCACGGACAGUGCUGUGAGGAUUGUUCUUCUUCCAACAGGUGUUGUUUCUGAAUGCCAACAAGAGAGGUCUCAACUGAAAAAGAUGGCUAUGAAAAAGUUGCGUGCAAAGCUGUACAAUAUGCAUCUCGAGGAAGAAACAAGUAAAAGGUACAGUGCUAGGAAGAUCCAGGUUGGAACUAAAGAAAGAUCAGAGAAAAUAAGAACAUACAAUUUUCCAAAGAACCAGGUCACAGAUCACAGAAUAAACAAAUCACUGCAUGGUCUUGAGACUUUUAUGCAAGGAGAUUAUCUACUGGAUGAACUUAUACAGUCACUGAAGGACUAUGCUGAUUAUGAAUAUUUACUAGAAAUUAUUUCCAAAAAAGCUUAGGUUGGUUUGUUAUUAAAGUAUUUCAUGCGCUCAGGAAAAUACUAUAGCACAUCAAUUGUGCAUACUCAUGAGUAUUCUCUUAAAAAAAAGUUUUUACAAUGGUAAGCAAUAUACAUAUUCGUAAUGCAUAAUUAAUGUAGAUCUCAGUGCAUUAGUAAAACAUAAUGAUUGCUGUAAAUCUUGUGCUCUUCUGUACAAGAAACAGAUGAACUCAUUUGUUUCUGUAAGAUCCUUAAAAUUAAAUAUUUUAAUAUU